AAGCUGCUCGUGUGUACUUCCUGUGGCUUGACGCUGGAGCUGUACAGCUGAACCGGACUCGGACUGAACCGAACUGUGGUCCCUGUGAUGCCCGACGGCGGGCUGAGCUGCUCGGCGUCGCGAUGCCUUACGUGGACCGACAGAAUCGCAUCUGCGGCUUCCUGGACAUCGAGGAGAACGAAAGCAGCGGCCGCUUCCUCCGCCGUUACUUCAUCCUGGACACGCAGCAGGGAAGCCUGCUGUGGUACAUGGACAACCCUCAGAAUCUGCCUGCAGGUGCAGACAUCAUGGGAUCUCUCAAGCUCACCUACAUCUCUAAGGUCAGCGAUGCCACCAAACUCAGACCAAAGGCAGAGUUCUGCUUCGUUAUAAACGCCGGGAUGAGGAAGUUCUAUCUGCAGGCCAACGACCAGCAGGACCUGGUGGAGUGGAUCAGCGUCCUCAACAAAGCCACCAAGAUUACCGUGCCAAAGCCCGGAGACGUCCACGCUGAGACUCCUCAGGAGGUCCUGGGAGCCAUGAAGCAGGUUUCCUACAAGAUGGAGAUCAUCGGAGGAGUCCCCAUCAUCACGGCCACUCAGGAGCAGGGUGAAGGACAGAACGGGGCAGACCGAGGAGGUCUGAAGCGAGGUCAGAAUCAGCUGCCCUACUUCCUGUCCAGAGGAACUCAGGACCAGACUGUUGUCAAGGCUGGAUACUGCGUCAAACAAGGAGCUUUGAUGAAGAACUGGAAGAGAAGGUACUUCAUGCUGGAUGAAAACGCCGUCAGCUACUACAAAUCCGAACUGGAACGUGAGGCGCUCAGAGUGAUUCCUCUGAAGGAGAUUUAUAAAGUCCAGGAGUGUAAACAGAGCGACCUGAUGAUGAGAGACAACCUGUUUGAGAUGGUGACCAGCACCAGAACCUUCUACGUUCAGUCUGACAGUCCAGAGGACAUGCACAGCUGGAUUAAGGCCAUUUCAGGGGCCAUCGUGGCUCAGCGGGGCCCCGGACGCUCAGCCAACACUGAGUUUCACAACCUGAUAAUGAAGACUGAAGUGUGUUUUCAUGUUGUGUUGUUAAUUCUUACACAAAUCUACACCCACACAAACAUAAACACAUUUUCUCUUUCUUCAUCUCUUCUUUUUGUCUGAAGAGUUUCCUUCCAAAAGCACAUAAUUAUCCACUAAAACCAACCAAAAAAGGGCUAAAAUGAGCAUAAAUGACAAGUGGUCUGCAUUACUGGGACACGUUUGGUUGGAAAUGUGAAGUGAAAACGUUUGGAGCCUGUUUGUUUAUUAGAUUGCAGGAUAUUUUAAGAAUUUAUUAACAGAUUUUAAUGAAUAUGAGCUCAGAAUUUUUAAAAGGAAAACAUUCUCAUAAUUUUUCAGCACAAACUGUCAUAAAUGGAAAUAUUAUUUCACUGUUUUUUGGAGGCUGACUAAAAACAGCUUAACCCUCUGAACCCCAUUGAGUUUUAAAGGCCUUUUAUUAUCUUAAAAAUCACCAUAAUGAUGAAAUUGAUCCAUCAGAAACUAUGAAAAUGGAGACACAUCAAAUUUUCAAACAAAUCGCAUAUGACAAAUGGAAAAACAAUCACCAGAUUCUAGGUUAAAAUCACAUUUUUUCAUUAUAAUCACUUGAAUUUAUGUCAUUGAAGUUAUAUUUUUACUUAAAUAUGCUAAAAAGUGCAGUGAAAAGUGAUGAAAACAGCGACGUUCAGAGGUUUAAACUGCAUUAAAGUCUCAGUAAAACCAAACAGUUGUUCCAUUAAAUACUGAACAGCUUGUCAAACAGCAGGGACGUUUUACACUAAUAAUAACAGGCAGGAGAACGUUUCCAUUUCUACCAUAAACUCCAGUUAAAGCAGAUGUUCUAGACACAUCUGUGUGGCCUUUUGGAAAGCAGCUCUUCUGGCCUCUGUAACUGUAAACUGUUGU